GCCGUCUUGCCCGCGGCGCCCCGCGCCGCCCCGGCGGCGCCGCCAUGGCAGGCGCGGGCGUCGCGGGGCAGCUGUGGGCGCCCGUGGCGCCGAGCGGGGCGCCGGCAUGGCGCUCCCUGCGCACGCUCCCGCGGAGCGGCUCAGCCGCAUCGAGCUGUUCGUCUGCGGCGCCACCGCGGGCGCGGGCGCCAAAACGGUGGCCGCGCCGCUGGAUCGCAUCCGGCUGCUGUACCAGCUGGACCCCAAGGUGUCCUUCAGCGUGCGCGGCGCGGUCACCCUGGCCCACGGCGUGGCGCGCGAGGCCGGCAUCGAGGGCCUGUGGCGCGGGCACACCGCGACGCUGUGGAAGAUCAUGCCCUUCGCGGGGGUCCAGUUCAUGGUGUACGACGAGGCCCACUCGAGUCUGAGGGUGUGGCUCGCUGCUACCCUGCAGCCAGAGAUGGCGCGCGGGCCGUCGGACUUCCUGGUGCCCUCCGCCGUCCUCGCGGGCGCGGCGGCCGCCGCACUGGCGACCCUGGUGACCUAUCCGCAGGACGUGAUGCGCACCCGCCUCGUGUCGCACAUGGGCCCGCUGCCGGCGCACCGCAACUACUUGACGGCCGUGGAGCACGUGCUGCGGUGCGACGGGCCUUCGGCCUUCUACCGGGGUCUGCAGCCGACGCUGAUCGGCGUGCUGCCCUACGGUGCCAUAUCCUGGGGCACCUUCGAGGCGCUCAAGCAGCAGCUGCGGGCCUGCCACGGCGUCGCCGACGACGACGACGUGCCGCUCGUCGAGCGGCUCGCCGCAGGCAGCGUGAGCGCCGCGCUCGCGCAGGUGGUCGUCUAUCCGCUGCAGGUGGUCCGCCGCAGGAUGCAGACGGACGGCCCCUUCGCCGGGUCGAGCCUGCGGCGGCAGCUGUUCGACCAGCUGGACAUCGGAGCACAGGGCUCUGGGGCGCGCCAGGUGGAGCCCCUGGCGCGGCGCUUGGGGGUCCCGGCGGACGAGCUGUGGAGCCACCUGGACGAGAACAGGUCUGGCCGCGUGAGUUUCGACGAGUUUCGUCGCCACGGUACGCUGGAGGCUCUGAGAAGCAUCAGACUGACGGAGGGCAGCGCGGGCUUUUUAAAGGGCGCUUCGCUCUCGUGGGCCAAGGGGUUCCUGACUGUCGGCCUGGCCCUGGGGCUGAACGACAAGAUCAAGGCGAUGGUGUGCCGCCGCCACCUGUUCGAAGAGGGGGACCAGUACGCGCCCCUGCCCGGCAGGGCGGACAACGCCGCGGAGGCGAAGUCGGGCGCCCAGGAGCACCAGAAACUGCACGCGAUCGAGAGCUUGGUGUGCGGGGGCGCCGCCGGGGCAGCGGCGAAGACCGUGAUCGCGCCAGGGGACAGGCUAAAAAUCCUCUUCCAGACGGACCCCACCCGCAAGUACACCAUGCGGAACGUCCUGAGCCUGGGCCGCAGCAUCGUCGCCGAGCAGGGCGUGCGCGGCCUAUGGCGCGGGCACGGGGCGACGCUGCUGCGGGUGGUCCCCUACUCGGCGACGUCGUUCGCGACGUUCGAGCCGUACAAGGCGUGGCUGAGGCGGUCGACGCCCUCCAGCAGCGACGUGACCGUGCGGUUCCUCGCGGGCGCGAUGGCGGGCACGACGGCCACCACGCUGACGUACCCCCUGGACAUGUUCCGCGCGCGCAUGGCGGCCCGCAUGGGCCCCCAGGCCCAGUACGACGGCUACUGGAGGGCGGCGCAGGCCGUGGUGCGGGCGCACGGCGCCUCGGCGCUGUACAGCGGGCUGAGGCCCACGCUGCUGGGCAUCGUGCCCUACUCCGGCCUCUCCUACUGCAUCUUCGAGACGCUCAAGGCCCGGCUCGGCCAGCGGCGGCCCGGCGGCGGCCUGCACGUGGCUGAGCGCAUGGGCGCCGGGGCCCUGGCCGGGCUGCUCGCGCAGAGCGCGACCUACCCGCUCGACAUCGUCCGGAGGCGCAUGCAGGUGGACCCGGAGACGUACCGGAGCGAGGUGCAGACGGCCAUGAGCAUCUGGCGGGCGGAGGGGGCGCGGGGCUUCUUCAAGGGCGUCUCCAUGAACUGGCUGAAGGGCCCCGUCGCCAUGUCCAUCAGCUACUUCGCCAACGACCUGCUUCGGGAGCACGUGGCGCGGCACGGCCGGAGGUGACCCAGCGAGAGCUCGUUUUUUUGAGCGGCCAGCAGGUGGCCUGCAGUUGUGUGUUCGCUCGUUCUCUUCCCCUCCUUUUCUGUCCCCAUCCCCCUCCUCCCCUCGCUCCUUCCUCCCCCUCCUCUCCCUCCGCCCUUCUUCCUUCCCUCCUUCCCUCCUCCCUUCUCCCCCUCCUCCUUCCUCCUCC